AUACUUACACAACCAGCUCAGUGACAUGAGACACGCCCACGGUGUUGUUUUUUAGUACUGUUUACAAAAAAAUUGUUUAUGGAUUUUAUUAUUAUAAGUUCACAGCUAUUGACAUUCUUAAUAUAUAUAUUUGUUUUUUUUUCUUAUCUUCUAGAAAUAGAAAAAGAAAAAAAGAAGAAGCCAUGGGUAACAGCUCUGGCAAAACUGUUUCAACUAUUAAUAGAUGCACUGGCCAAUCUGGUAACUCAUUUGCAUUUUUUAUAAUAAAUGGAUAUUAGGUUUCUUAACAGAUACAACGGGUUGGUGAUUCCAGGCCUUGUGUCAGAAGUCAACAUCAUGAAGUAUGCCUACAAAUGUUGAUACAUGUACUUAAAAAUAUGCCCCCCCCCCCCAAAAAAAAAAAAAAAAUUUAAAAAAACAAAAACAAAAAAAAAAAAAAACAAAAAAAAAAAAUAAAUAGAAGUCAACAUCAUGAAGUAUGCCUAAAAAUGUUGAUAAAUGUACUUAAAAAUAUGCCCCCCCCCCCCAAAAAAAAAAAAAAAAUUUUAAAAAUCCAGAUCUCAAAUAUGUGAGAUCAUAGAUGGAAAAUUAGAUUAAUUACGGUUAAUAGUAAAGUAAAGUAAUAGAAGGGUGGGCUGAAUAAUUUGACGUGAUAUUAAAUGCAGACAAUAGACAUAAGGAAGACUAUGAACCACCACAUGGAGAACCUGACCCUUUAAUAAACUCCCCAACUUUGGAAGAAACUACAGAGUUAAUUUUUUUUUUAAAAAUUAAAAAGCCGCUGGAGAAGCACUCAUCACAGCAGAAUUAAAUAAACAUAUAGAGGGAGACAACUAAACGCUCAGAAAUAUAAACAUUUCAAUAAAAAUAUGUCCAAACUUCAGUGCACAAACUACUGAGGAAUCUCUAUUAAAAUGAAACAUACAAAAUAAACUAAUUGUACAAACGAACACUGAACAAAUACUAGGUUAACUACAUGUAGAACAGUUAUGGGUAACAUCCCCUAAAUGUUUUUUUUUUCAACUACUGCUGAACCAAAAUGCACGUACGCCAAAAUACAAUAAAUACUCUUCAUCAACUUAAAGGCGGGACAUGCUUCCAUAACUAAACUAACUCUUCAAUUUAAAGACACCGCGAAAUAAAACACAAUAUCCGGAGCGCAACAAUUACCAGUGAAUUAGUGAAUAAUCUUGACCGAAAGUUUUAUUUUGCUAGCCUUAUUGCUUACCUUACAGUCAAUUUCGCAGUAUGAUUCAAUGUUAUAGAAUUAUUUGGUGAGUGGAAAAAAAGGGAAAGGUAAAAAAAGGUCAAAAGGAAAAAAUUCACAUGAAAAAAAAUCUGAAUUUCAGAUAUCGGUAUCAUAAAUAUAUCAUGACAAUACUGAGGUACACAUGAAUCUGUAUAUAUUUCGGUCCGAUCACACUCCCUUGUUUACAAUAAUAAGUUUUAGUGAGAUUACAGGUAUGUGAUUUUACAACAGCAGGGGGAGCACCUUGGUCAUGAUUGGGGAACCAACGUUUUUUUUUAUAUCUUUCUGUCCAAAGCCCCCCCCCCCCCGAUAACCACUGACCACAUUGAGGCCAUUAAUUCAUGCAUUGUCUGAAUAGAGUCGUCAGUAACUGGUACUACAAGGCAAGGUCCCUUGCUUUCCUUUAGUCCUUUCCUAUAUGAGGUGUGUCGGUGAGAUCAAACGCUUACUAAGUUACUGCCAUUUAUUGUUGUUCAAUCUAUAAUAUAAUAAUAUUUGUUUGUAUUGGCUUUAUGCAUAACAUUGUAAAUAAUUUUAAUAAAGCAUAUAAUUAAAUGUGUGAUAAUAAUAUGUAGACCCUAUAUAUAAUACAAACACACACACGCACACAUGUAGGCCUAUAACUCAGUAAUAAUAAAUCAUAUUAUUAAAUGUGUGAAUAAUCGUGUAUACUACAGUAUACAUAAAAUAUCAAUAGGAAACACUGAUUGAAUCCAAAAAAAAAAAUGAUUCAAAUAGGCUACUGCUAUUUUUUUAUUUCAGUAAAUAAACAUAUACAUGGACUUACAAAUAUAAACACAGAAAGUUGGGAGUUUAGCCUAUAUAUGAAAUAUAUUUUGUGACUUUUUUUUCAGUGACUUUUGUGUCUGUGCAUUUUUUUUCCUACAAGCAUUUAUUUAACGUUGUUAUAUUUUUAUUUAAUGUUAUAGCAUUAUUGAAUAGUUAUAGUAUUAUUUACUGUUACAAUAUUAUUAAAUGUUAUAAAUUUAUUCAAUGCUAUAGUAUUAUUUAAAGUUGUAAUGUUAUUCAAUUAAUUUUAUAGUCCUACUAUUUAAAUUUAUAGUGUCAUCCAAAUGUUAAGUAGCCUAUUAUUCAAUGUUAUAGUAUUAUUCAAUUUUGUAGAUUUGUUCAAUGUUAUAGCAUUAUUUGCUGUUAUAGAGUUAUUAAUUGUUAUAGAAUUAUUUAAUUUAAAUGAACAGAAGCUUCUCAAGAGGAAGGCAGAUUGUUUGACGUCCGUCUUCCUGAUGAUACGACACAACAACAGCUGGUUUUUCCAAAGCAAACAGCUUACACGGUAAGUCUUCAAAAGUGUGCUCUAAAUAUUUCCAGCUUACAUGGCAGUUCAAGUGCUGUUCAUCAGAGCCUAUGAUAUUACGAAGACGGGUCAAAUUUACCUUGGUUUCACUGAGUUCACUGAGACUUAUCUUAUAUUCUGGAAGGCCAAGGUUAAAUAAAAUAUAUAUUUUCAUAUUAAUAGUAUUACUGGUAAAAUUUAAAAACAUUUAAAUAAGGGUUACUUACUUAAAACGUAUUUGAAAGCUAAUAAUAAGUUGUUGUUUUUUUUUGUUUUUUUUUUUUCAUUUUUUAUAAGUUAGUAAAUGUUCAAAUUAAAUUUUAAAAAAAAAGCCUUGUCAACGACACAUAGCUGAUCCAAAAAAAAUUAAUGGAUUUGGUUUAGUAAAAAAAAAAGGGAGGUUGGGGUGGGGGGGUGAAAUUUAAUAUUUGCACAUAUAGACUAAUUUAUUUUUAAACUAUAAAUACAUUUUUGUUAACUGAUAAUUCUAUUGGUCUUGUCACAGAUGUUUUUGUCUUUAGAUAUAUUUUUUUAAUAAGAAAUGUUUACAAAUACACAUUAAGAUUUAAAAAAUAAUAUUUUUUUUGGUGUUUUAGCUGAAAGAAAAUGUCUGUCAAAAGUAUCCAUACAAACAAAAUUAUGACGUUGUCUUGGUGUUAAACUCCAAAGCUCAGCUGAUUCUUCAGGACAACUUGGAGUUUGAGGACCACUUUAAUGAGAUUGACAAAAUACAUAUUGUGCCCAGAGGGUGAGAUGUUUACUUUAUGUGACUAAAUCAAUUGUGUGUUUAACAUAGCUAUAUAAAAUAAUACUUGUGUACACUUUAAAGCUCAAAAAAAAUUUUUUUUAAUAUUUCAAAGAUAUAAAUAGUUUUUUGUAUCUAUAUCUUUUGAAAUUCUAGCUUUUGUUUGUAAAUAAAAUCAUUGAAAUUGAAAUUCUUUUAAAAGUGAACAAUUUUGACACUGUCAGUAUGUAUUUAAAGAAUAAAAUUGUGGAGUUCAAGCAGUUUAUGAGGAUUCUGAGGAACAUGAUAUAUGGAGGACUGUAUAUAUAAUCCUUUUAUUGCUACAUUUACACUGAGUGUACAUAGUAUACUUUUUAGAAAGUUGUGAGAAAUAAUUUUAUUAAUAUAAAUGUCCUCAAUUAAAUAAACUGCUUAAUAACCUUUUAAAAAUAAAUGGAAUUAAGUUUGUUCCUCUUCAUAGCAAAUAAAUUAAAUUAACAUGUAUGGGUUUUAAUGACAAGUUGUUUGUUUUUUAUAUUUUUUGCAUCAAAUUUUUACACAUAAUUAUAAGUAAAUAAUAUUUUUUAAGAAAGAAAGGAUUAUAUUUAAUCUCAUUUCUAGAAUAAAUAAUUUUAAUAAUCCUAAUUUUUCUUGCACAAAAUUUUACAGGGCCAUGCAAGUUCAGCCUGCUGACAACACUUCUCUAAAUGAUGUAAUCAAGUUAAAGAGUUAAAUGUAGCUUCUCACUGUCAGUAGUUUUCAAUUUCAUUAUCAUUUAUCUACUUUAUUGGGGAGUCCAUUGUAAAAAUGAAGAUGCCAGCAGAUUUUUUUUAAAAAGUGAUACACAACCCAAUGGAUAAGUUUGAAGCACUGAGUAAUACAGCAUCCUAAACUAUAAACUUGUGGGGCGGGGGGUGUGGGGGAGGGGGGGAGCAAAUAAUGGUUAAAAAAAUUAAUUUAUGAACGAUAAUAACAAAAUAAAAGAAUUUAUCAUAUAUACCAAUCUUUCCAAGAUUAAAGCAAAUAGAUAUGAAUCGAAAAUUUCUUUACAAAACAUUACCACAAUUAAUACUAUUGCAAAAAAUCUAUGGCUCAAAUUUAGAAUAAAUGUUUCUUUUAUUUAAUAAGGAACUUACUAUGCUGCUAUAGAUUAGAAAAGUAUUUCCUCACAUUGUUUCCUUUGGUUUAAUAAUCAUUUUGUAUAAGUUGAACACUACUAAUUGCAUAACGCAUCAGCAAAAGUCUUUUAAUAAUUAUCAUUAUAUGUCAAAUAUAAUUUUUUUUUUAUUGAUAUAUUUUAUAACUGAUUUUU